AUGGCAGAUAACCAAGAUAAUCAGAAUAAAAAGUUGUUGAGUGACUAUGCAGUGUCGAAUGUCAAUGGUGCUCAACCCAGUAUUGUGAGACCUACAGUCAAUGCUAAUAAUUUUGAGAUUAAGCCUGGUCUUAUCCAGAUGGUGCAGCAGGAGCAGUUUGGUGGAGGACCUGUUGAGGAUCCACAUGCACACCUUGCCAAUUUCUUGGAGAUUUGUGAUACAAUCAAGAUAAAUGGAUUUGAUGGUGAAUCUUUGUAUGAAGCCUGGGAGAGGUUUAAGGAUUUGCAGAGGAAGUGUCCAUAUCAUGGUCUUCCUGACUGGCUGAUUGUACAGACUUUCUAUAAUGGAUUAAUACAUUCAGUUAGAAUUACCAUAGAUGCAGCUGCAGGAGGUACUUUAAUGAGUAAGUCAACAAAAGAGGCAUAUGAGUUGUUAGAAGAAAUGGCCUCUAACAAUUAUCAGUGGUCUAAUGAAAGAGGCAUGCCUAAGAAAGUUCCAGGUAUGUAUGAUGUAGAUGGCAUAAACAUGUUGAAUGCCAAGGUAAGUGGUGAGACUAUAGUUGGUGAUGAAGUAGACUAUGAAGAGGUGAGCAAGAAGGUCAGUGAAGAAGUUGAGGACCUAGCCAAGACAACAUCCCCACUACCACCAGUCGAACCUUAUGUUCCUCCCAUUCCUUUUCCUCAAAGGCUUAAGCAGAAUAAAAUUGAUCAACAGUUUGAGAAAUUUUUGAAAGUGUUUAGGCAGCUUCACAUUAAUAUUCCUUUUGCAGACGCCUUAGCACAAAUUCCUGCAUAUACAAAAUUUUUAAAGGAGAUCAUGUCUAAGAAGAGGAAAUUGGAAGAUUUCGAGACCAUUGCCUUGACGGAGGAAUGCAGUGCCAUUAUCCAGAAUAAGCUUCCACCAAAGCUAAGAGAUCCAGAGAGUUUUUCUAUUCCUUGUACUAUAGGUGAUGUUGAUUUUUCUAGAGCUUUAUGUGAUUUAGGUGCUAGUGUUUCACUAAUGCCUUUAUCUGUGUCUAGGAAGCUUGGAUUGAAGGAGUUGAAGCCUACUACCAUCUCUUUGCAGCUAGCUGAUCGAUCGGUCAAAUAUCCUUUGGGUGUUCUUGAGAAUGUGCUGAUCAAGGUAAAAAAGUUUAUCAUUCCAGUUGAUUUUAUUGUUUUGGAGAUGGAAGAAGACACCGAGAUCCCUAUCAUUUUAGGCCGGCCCUUUCUAGCCACAGCUGGAGCUAUCAUAGAUGUUAAGAAUGGUAGGUUGACUUUGAAGGUUGGUGAAGAAGAGGUAGAGUUUAAUUUAUUUGAAGCUACUAAAUAUCCUUCUUUUACUGAUCAUGUUUUUCGAGUUGAUGUUGUAGAUGAGUCGACCAGAGAGGUUUUUAGGGCUGAAAAUACUAAAGAACCUCUUGAGACUUGUUUAGUGAGUGCAGGGACAAGUAAAGAUGAUAAUCUAGAGGUUGCUAAAGUGGCGUGUGCAUUAGAGGCUACAUGUCCUAAGCCAAAAAAGAGAGGUAUUUAUUUUGAGGAUAUCGGCAAAGGUAAGCCACCCCCUCCCCCUUCUAAUGUGCAAGCACCAGUUCUGGAGUUGAAGCCAUUACCCUCACAUCUCAGGUAUGCAUUUUUAGGUGAAAAUAAUACUUUGCCUGUGAUUGUCAGUGCUUCUUUGUCUGAUGAGCAACUUGAUAAAUUGAUACGUAUUUUGAGAUUGAGAAAAAAAGCCAUAGGAUCGACUAUAUCAGACCUUAGAGGAAUUAGCCCUUCAUUGUGUAUGCAUAGAAUUUUAAUGGAGGAUAACCAUAAACCUAUUGUCGAAAAUCAGAGACGGUUAAAUCCUAACAUGAAAGAAGUAGUUAGGGCUGAAGUUCUUAAAUGGUUAGAUGCAGAGAUUAUUUAUCCUAUAUCUGAUAGUUCAUGGAUUAGUCCAGUGCAGGUGCUUGAGAGACUUGCUGGGUAUGCGUAUUACUGUUUUUUAGAUGGUUAUUCAGGGUUUAACCAGAUUUCUAUAUCUCCCGAAGAUCAAGAAAAGACCACCUUCACUUGUCCUUAUGGUACUUUUGCAUUUCGUAGGAUGCCUUUUGGUUUGUGUAAUGCACCUGCUACAUUUCAACGUUGCAUGAUGGCUAUUUUCUCUGAUUUUGUUGAAAAGAUCAUGGAGGUUUUCAUGGAUGAUUUUUCUGUUUUUGGAUCUUCUUUUGAUAGUUGUUUAGAUAACUUGUCUCGAGUUUUACAGCGCUGUGAGGAGACCAAUUUGGAUGUUGUGUUUGAUUUUGAUAAGGACUGUUUGAAUGCUUUUAACAAGUUAAAGCAAGAGUUGGUGUCAGCACCAAUUAUGGCAGCCCCAGAUUGGAGUUUGCCUUUUGAGCUAAUGUGUGAUGCUCGUGAUUUCGCUUUGGGUUCCAAGGUGAUCGUAUAUACGGACUAUUCAGCAAUCAAGUACUUGCUGAAAAAGAAAGAUGCCACACCGCGUUUGAUUCGGUGGGUGUUGUUGCUUCAAGAAUUUGAUCUUGAGAUUCGAGACAAGAGAGGCAUGGAGAAUGUGGUGGCAGAUCACUUGUCUAGAUUAGAGGGGCAGUCAAGAGCAGAUGAGGUGCUCAUUAAUGAAAGCUUUCUAGAUGAGCAGUUGUUGGCAGUUUCAGUCAUCCCCUGGUAUGCUGAUUUUGUGAACUAUUUGGUGAGUGGCAUUGUUCCCCCUGAUUUGAGCUAUCAUCAGAAGAAAAAGUUUUUGUGGGAUGUGAAGCAUUAUUAUUGGGAAGAACCGCUACUCUAUAAACACUGUGCAGAUGGGAUGAUUAGAAGAUGUGUGCCCCAAGAUGAGAUGCAGGAUAUACUUGACCAUUGCCAUUCCUUGGAGUGUGGUGGACAUUUCAGUACCUCUAAGACAGUUGCAAAGAAUGAGAUGCCCUUGACCAAUAUCCUGGAGGUUGAACUAUUUGAUUUAUGGGGAAUUGAUUUCAUGGGCCCAUUUCCUUCUUCUUUCAAUAAUCAGUACAUUCUGGUAGCAGUGGAUUAUGUGUCUAAAUGGGUUGAAGCUACUGCAACUCAGACUAAUGACUCUCGGGUGGUGAUGAGAUUUGUGAAGAAAAAUAUUUUUUCAAGAUUUGGUGUGCCGAGAGCUAUUAUUAGUGAUGAAGGCUCUCAUUUUUGUAAUCGGUCAUUUGAGGUUUUGUUGAAGAAAUAUGGGGUUACUCAUAAGGUGGCACUUUCCUAUCAUCCCCAAACAAAUGGGCAAGUGGAACUUGCAAAUAGGGAAUUGAAGCAAAUUUUGGAGAAAACUACUUGUCUUUGGAAAGUCUUGUCACUUACCAGUGAAUUAGAACACAGGGCCUAUUGGGCAAUCAAGGAGUUGAACAUGGAUUUGAAAGCUGCGGGAGAAAAAAGAUUGUUACAGUUGAGUGAGUUUGAGGAGUUUAGGUUGGAUGCUUAUGAAAAUACUCGGAUUUACAAGGAAAAGAUAAAGCAUUGGCAUGACAAACAUCUUCAGAUUAGAAACUUCGAAAUUGGGCAGCAAGUAUUACUCUUCAACUCAAGACUUAAGUUAUUUCCAGGCAAACUUUGUUUUAGGUGGUCUGGCCCAUUCACGGUAACGAAAGUGUAUCCAUAUGGUGCUGUUGAGGUACGUAGUGAGGUCACUGGUGCAUUCAAGGUUAAUGGGCAGCGUUUGAAGCCUUAUCUUGCUAGUAAUGUGAUUCCUAAAGGAGUGAUUUACUCUUUGAAGAAUCCUACCUAUGGUUGA